CCAUGCCCAGGAUGGAUAUGCAAAGGAUGAUCCCAUGAUCCACUCUCAUGGCGUCGCCUUUUGGCGGCUGUAUAUAAACGCUCCCCUGCGGUUCCUGCGGGCUAUCUGCACACCGAGCUCUGAGUUAGCGUUCCAGGAUCGGAGGUAGCUUGCUAAGGUCCGAUGGCGGACAUGCAGAUCGUCCUGUCCGGGAGGAAGAUCGAGGCGCAGUACGUGGAGAUGAAGGUGCCGCUCUACUCCUACGGGUGCGAGAAGAAGAUCAAGAAGGCACUCUUGCAUCUAAAAGGGAUACAUUCGGUGCAGGUGGACUACCACCAGCAGAAGGUGACGGUGUGGGGGAUCUGCAACCGCGAGGACGUGCUCGCCGCCGUCCGGAAGAAGCGGACAGCGGCGCGGUUCUGGGACGGCGACGUGCUGGGUCCCGGCCAGCAGGUGCCGGCUCCCGGAGACGCUCCCAAGCAGUACCUGGCGGCGUUCACCGCGUACAGGUUGAGGAAGUCGUGGAAGAAGCUGUUCCCGCUGAUCCGGCUGUAAAUCUGGCCGUGAGCUUAGUUGUUGUUGUUGUUUUUUUUUUUGUGAACUCCCAUGAGCUUAGCUUUCCUGACAAGUGGAGACGUAUUCCGCGUGCGAAUUGAUCGCAAGGAAUAGCAAAUGGGUUGGUAGCGCGUGCGUGUUGAUAUCGAACAAAUCUGCUGCGUAACAAUCUUAGAGACGGGCGAAUCACAAUGAUAUACCGUUUGCACGGAUCAA